GAGAGGAAAAAGGAAAAAAAAAAAAGACAAAACCGAGAUGGAGGAUUUCCAAUCUCCUAGAAUGCGAUCUUACACAUCGUAUGAAGGAGAUAGGAACCUCCAACUGGUUAAUCCUGUAGAUUUAAGAGCGGUCAGAGGGAUUUAUGUUGUUAGAGAAUCGAGGCGUAAUCGACCUCCGAUGACAUCGGAUUUAUGGCGCAAGAUGUCUUACAAAGACUUGCCCGUUAGACCCAGAAGAUCCUCUUCUCAUUCAACAUCGUUUAAAGGAUGGUGGAACGAUCCGGAGUUAAAGAGAAAGAGACGAGUGGCUAAAUACAAAUUUUAUUCAGCCGAAGGAAAGAUGAAGAUAACAUUGAGAAAGAGUUACAAAUGGAUUAAGAUCCAAUGCUCGAAGAUUAUUCAUGGAAUAUAGAAAUCCCCAAGAGCAAGGGCAACUGUGAUCACUUUUUAGGCGAAGCCCCUGUGUACCCAUGUAAGGAAAAAGCUUGUAAAUCCGUAUGCAAGGAGUAUUACCACCACGCAUGCAAAGGAGAGUGCGAGUAUCAUGGCCGCGAAGUGCAUUGCCACUGCUACGGUGACUAUCACUGAAGUUUACUUAUAAACCUCGUGUAUCCAAUAAAGAAAACAUAAGAUC